ACCGGUUUACAAAAGAACCGGUAAAAACCGAAACGAAGAACCAAUAGCAUGCGCCAUAUCACACACAUCCAACAAAACGGGAACCUGAUUUUGGUCGCAUACCUUAAACAUAGGAGAAGAAGCUUUUGAGAUCGAGAUUGAUGGAUCCUUUCUCAAUCCAUCCAAAAUCUUCAGACCCAAUGCUCAUCUCCUCACCAAUCUUCUUCAUCUAAUUUUCUCUUAGAAUCAGAAACCAGUUUCUUCAGUAGACACUCGACGAGAAGUUGCACCUGAAAUUCAUCUUCAGAUUACGGGUUUAUUGAUUCCUAGUACGCCAAAGAGAGAUGGGUUCUGGAAAUCGAGCUUCUUCUAAAACUCCUCCGAUCUCAGGUUUGCGUGAAAAGCAUCAACAGGAUCUAGAAAAACUAACAUUGACCUCACAGCCAUUCAAAACCUUGAGAUUCUUCGUUGUUGCUGUUUUGCUAUAUGUUAGAAGAUGGUCCUCCUACCUUCUUGCAAAUGUUGGUUGGCUUAUGCUUUUUGGCAGCAUUUUUGUUGCCUUUGCAGCUCUUCUUGUGACCCUAGAUGGCCCUCACGUCAAGCACCUUGAAGAACUGUCUGAGUACACCAGGUUUGGACUAUGGUGGAUAUUUUUAGGUGUUGCAUCAUCAAUUGGCCUUGGAUCUGGUUUGCAUACAUUUGUUCUUUAUUUGGGUCCCCAUAUUGCUUUGUUUACCAUAAAAGCAAUGCAGUGCGGGCGAGUCGAUUUAAAAAGUGCUAUAUAUGAUACAAUUCAGUUGAAGAGAAGUCCUUCAUGGCUUGAUAAACCUUGCCACGAGUUUGGCUCCCCAGUCUUUUCUUCUGGAGUUCCUCUGAGCAGCAUACUGCCUCAGGUUCAGAUAGAAGCCAUCCUCUGGGGUCUAGGAACAGCGUUGGGAGAACUUCCUCCUUACUUUAUCUCCAGAGCAGCUAGUCUUUCCGGUGGCAAAAUGGAAGAAUUGGAGACAUGUUCUGGUGACGAUAACGGAUUCAUUGCUAAACGCGUAAAUCAGAUCAAAGGCUGGUUAUUGUCACAUUCACAAUACCUCAACUUCUUCACAAUUCUGAUUCUUGCUUCGGUUCCUAACCCAUUAUUCGACCUUGCUGGAAUCAUGUGUGGACAAUUCGAGAAACCGUUUUGGGAGUUUUUCCUUGCAACCUUGAUUGGAAAGGCAAUCAUCAAGACACAUAUACAGACGGUUUUCAUCAUAUGUGUCUGUAAUAAUCAGCUUCUUGACUGGGUAGAGAAUGAGCUGAUAUAUAUAUUGAGCUUUGUUCCCGGUUUUGCUUCUGCAUUGCCUGAGCUCACAGCAAAACUCCGCUUAAUGAAAGAGAAGUACUUGGUUGCUUCGCCUCCAGUAUCUUCUGAUAUCAACGUCAAGAAAUGGGAUCUUUCUUUUGCAUCAGUGUGGAAUGGAGUCGUGUGGCUGAUGCUUUUAAAUUUCUUCGGCCAGAUUGUGACUUCAACUGCACAGAGAUACCUAAAGAAGCAACAAGAAGAAGAACUAGAUGCCUUAACCAACAAGUCGUCGCUGAGCUCAAAGAGAUCUAAGUAGUCCAGAAAUUUAUUUCUCUUUUCUAACUUUGUGGGGUUUUUUUUUUUCCUUUCAUAGAAACAAUAUGAUUGUGGUUCUUCUUAUCUGAGAACAUAACAAAUGUGUCCAGAAAGAAAAGAAAAAAACAGAGAAAAAAAUUGAAAGUUAAAAAGGAAUUUCUAACUAAAGUUAUAAAUAUGA